AGCUCUGUGUUUCUGAGGGAACACCGAGCGCCAGCCUCUGAUUCGGUCUCCUGUUACCUGCAGGUGCUCUGGAAACUUCAAAAUGCGACUGGAAGAACUAAAAAGGCUACAGAAUCCUUUAGAACAAGUGGAUGAUGGAAAAUACUUGCUUGAGAAUCACCAGCUGGCCAUGGAUGUGGAGAACAACAUUGAGAAGUUCCCCCUCAGCCUACAGCCCUUGGAGUCAAAAGUGAAAAUCAUUCAGCGAGCAUGGCGAGAGUACUUGCAGAGGCAAGACCCCCUGGAGAAGAGGAGCCCGUCCCCACCCUCCGUCUCCUCAGACAAGCUGAGCAGCUCUGUCAGCAUGAACACCUUCUCCGACAGCAGCACACCCGAUUACCGAGAGGAUGGGAUGGAUCUAGGCAGUGACGCCGGCAGCAGCAGCAGCAGCCGCGCCAGCUCACAGUCCAACUCCACCAAAGUGACCCCUUGCUCCGAGUGCAAAUCCUCAUCGUCGCCGGGGGGCAGCCUGGACUUGGUGUCUGCUCUGGAGGACUAUGAAGAGCCCUUCCCGGUCUACCAGAAGAAGGUGAUUGAUGAGUGGGCUCCGGAGGAGGACGGGGAGGAGGAGGAAGAGGAGGACGAUCGAGGGUAUCGGGAUGACCGCUGUCCGGCCCGGGAGCCCGGGGACGUGAGCGCCAGGAUCUGCAGCAGCGGAGGCGGGAGCAAGAGCGCCACCACCACCAUGCCGUCCCCGAUGCCUAACGGCAACCUCCAUCCUCACGACCCCCAAGACCUCAGGCACAAUGGCAACGUGGUUGUGGCCGGCCGGCCGAGCACCUCUCGGGCUCCCCGCCGAGCCAUCCAGAAGACCCAGCCUCCCGGGAGCCGGCGCGGAGGCCGAGGCCGGGCAACUGGGGGGCUCUGCGUUCAGCCUCCGGACGGCGGGACGUGCGUCCCAGAAGAGCCCCCUGUGCCCCCGAUGGACUGGGAGGCGUUGGAGAAGCAUCUGGCCGGGCUGCAGUUCCGGGAGCAGGAGGUGCGAAACCAGGGUCAGGCGAGGACCAACUCCACCUCUGCACAAAAAAAUGAGAGAGAGUCUAUCAGACAGAAGUUGGCACUCGGGAGCUUCUUCGACGAUGGCCCGGGAAUCUACACCAGCUGCAGCAAGAGCGGGAAGCCAAGCCUUUCCUCCAGGUUGCAGAGUGGGAUGAACCUCCAGAUAUGCUUCGUCAACGACAGCAGCAGUGACAAGGACAGCGAUGCCGAUGACAGCAAGACUGAAACCAGCCUGGACACCCCCUUGUCGCCCAUGAGCAAGCAGAGUUCGUCCUAUUCCGAUAGAGACACGACCGAGGAGGAUUCUGAAUCCCUGGACGACAUGGACUUCCUCACGCGGCAAAAGAAGCUACAAGCCGAAGCCAAAAUGGCCCUUGCCAUGGCCAAACCCAUGGCCAAAAUGCAAGUAGAAGUGGAAAAACAGAACAGGAAAAAGUCUCCCGUCGCUGACCUUCUCCCACACAUGCCUCACAUAAGCGAAUGUCUGAUGAAGAGAAGUCUGAAGCCCACGGACCUGAGAGACAUGACUAUUGGGCAGCUCCAAGUCAUCGUCAAUGACCUCCACUCCCAGAUUGAAAGUUUGAAUGAAGAGUUGGUCCAGCUGCUCCUCAUCCGAGAUGAGUUGCACACAGAGCAAGAUGCCAUGCUGGUGGACAUAGAAGACUUAACCAGACACGCUGAGAGUCAGCAGAAGCACCUGGCAGAGAAAAUGCCCGCGAAGUGAAAAAGGGGUCAUCCGCCAGAGGACGAGCUAGAAUUUAUUUUGCUUCUGUGGUUGUGAAAAA